AUGUCACAAAGUGCAGCCCUAUUUGGUAGACCCCAACAACCACAAACAAAACACCUAUUGCAAUUCAAAGCUGGGAAGAUGACCAUAAAUAACGAGAAUUGGGUUCAUGCGGAUCCUCGCAAAGGUUGGGUUUAUGUUUACCAAUCCGGUGAUGGCAAACUCCAUUUCUGCUGGAUCGACCGCAAAACUUGCCUCGUAGAGGACAAUUUCAUCAUUAAUGCUCAGCAAGCUGAGUUCAAACGAGUGCCUCAAUGCACCACAGGCAGGGUGUAUUUACUCAAGGUGAAAAAUGCCAAACCAUUUUUUGUGUGGAUGCAGGAACCCAAUGGAAAGAACGACAGCAGCAUCUGUUCAAGAAUUAACGACUUUAUAGCUUCUCCUCCCACUCAAUUCACUCCACCUGCGAGUGAUUGGCUCAGUAAUUUUGGUGGAUUCAAUCAAUUUUCACAGAAUGAUCUCUUGGCACUCCUCACAAUGGGCGUUGGCCUUGGCAGUGGACUUUCUUCUGAAUCGGAUGUUUCCUCUGCGCAAGCCACAGCAGUAACAAUCGGCCGCCAUUUGAACACGGGCCAUUUAGACAGCCAGACAAAACCAACGACGACACUCGGAUCAGCUAUAACCACUCCGCAAGUCACUGGACCAGGUUCGGUUCCUGGGGCGAUUCCCGGGAAGAAGGGUGAAGGGGGAAAGAUUCAGUUACAGGACCUGAGAAACAUUUUGUCCUCGAUAUCCGGGCCAUCCAAAACUUCCGAACCUCCUAUUGACCUGAACGAUGCUGUCAACAUGGAUAGCUUGCGCAGUCUUCUUGAGAAAGCAGAAGUACAGGCUAGACUGCUGCCCCAUUUACCGAACCGUGAUCCCGAGGCGAAACCCGUCAGUGACCUGGGGAACCUUACCGAGAAUAUCCGGUCAUCCCAAUUCAAGUCAACAUUAAAGUCAUUUUCGGCUGCCUUCCAGACAGGGGAAUUGGCACCCGUUUUGUCCCAGUUCAAGCUGGGAAGCAAGGCUGACGAAGCAGCUCGACGUGGAGGUGAGACCUUGUUCCUUUCAUUUGGUGGCGUCGCCAGGAUAAGGAUAAAGAUCCCGUGGCCGCAACCCUUUGAGGAUGGGGAUGUUCGGACCUUCCUGGAGGACUUUGAGGAGGUUGCGGAGGCUGCCGGGCUGGAGACCGACCGGAGUAAGUUGGCAGCGCUGAAGACCCUCCUCAGGGGCCGGGUGAAGGCGGCCCUGGAUGCGGCCAGAAGGGGCCCUCAGAAGGUGGAGUGGGCCGCCGCGAAGAAAGUCCUUGCAGCGGAGUUCGACACACCACCUGUCUGCGGU